AUGGCUGCCGGGAAGGGAGCUCUGCGGAGCCCCUCAGCUGAAAACAGAUGGAGGCUUAGUGAACCCGAGCAGGGCCGAGGCCGCAAGCCCGUGCUACUGGAGAAAACGAACCACCUGGGCUCUGAGGCUGCUACGGGCAGUGGUGGCCGGGAUGAGGCCUAUGCCGAGAUGGCGCUGUCAGCAGCCCCGGGCAAGCUCAGGCUGGCAAGGCUGAUGCCCCAGAAGGCUUGCUGGGAACAGGGGCAGAGCGCCUUCACAGAGGUGCCUCAACUCAAGAAGAGGCUGAGGGGCGGGCAGGCCCAGGAGAGGGAGCAUAGUGGCCCUGCCGGCCAGUCUGGCCCCCAGCAGCUGACCCUGAACAUCCCCAGGGACCCAGCUGGCAGCGCGGUCUUCUCAGGGUGGCCGAGCAGAGCCCGAGGGGAACAGAGAAGUGCCUUCAGCAAGCCAGCCAGGUGUCCAGCAGGGAGAUCCGGGCCAGCCUCCGUCUUGCAGGCAGGCAGACCUGCAGACGCCCUGGGGGAGCUGCUGGGACUCAUCCACACAGUGGAUGUCACUUGCUGGGGUCGACUUUUGAGUUCCAAGCUUCUGGUGGGUGAUUUCUGGAAUCUGCAAAGGGUGUCCCAAAACGCUCCUCUCUGUAGCACUUUCCUGGAUGCCCCCACACUGUGGCUCAAGCACGCGGCGGCCCAGAUACCCACGCCCUCCUCCUUCUCCUCCUCCUCCACCACCGCCUCUUGGGCCCUCCUGCCGCCCACGUUCGCCUCCCUGGGCCUGUCCACCCAGAACUGGUGCGCCAAGUGCAACCUCUCCUUUCGCCUGACCUCAGACCUGGUCUUCCACAUGCGGUCCCAUCACAAAAAGGAGCAGCCGGGGCCCGACCUCCAUUCCAAGAAGCUGAGAGAAGAGGCCCUCACAUGCCCCAUCUGUCACGAGUAUUUCCGGGAGCGCCACCACCUCUCCCGGCACAUGACUUCCCACAGUUAA